AUGGUGGCUCCGGCCUCAACGGGAGGCUCCUCUACAGGCCUGCAGCCUUCCACGAGCCGCCAGCCUACUCGAUCGGCUAGCACUCACCCAUCGCAUUCUCACAAUGUUCCCUUGAGCGCUCGCCGAUCCACCCCCCUCGACUUGUCCACGGUCGAACGUCGAGGACAGCCCAAUGCUCCCCGCGAGCCCAGUAAACGGGUCCGACCUCAUGGCUUACAAGAGGCACCGACCUUUCGUCCGACAGAGGAGGAGUUUAGAGAUCCAGAGGCAUAUAUUCGCAAGAUUGCGCCGGAGGGCAAAAAAUAUGGAAUCUGCAGGAUUAUACCUCCUGAGAAUUGGCAACCACCGUUUGCUAUAGAUACUGAGCGAUUCCACUUCAAAACCCGUCGACAGGAGCUCAACUCGGUUGAAGGAGGUAUGCCCCCGCGCUCAGCCAAACAAGCUGCCGGUGGAGCUCCGCAGCCCAGUUCUGACGCGGACUCAGGAACUCGUGCAAACUUGAACUAUCUCGAUCAGUUGGCCAAGUUUCACAAGCAACAUGGUACCAACCUCAACCGAUUUCCGAGCGUCGACAAGCGUCCUCUGGACCUUUAUAAACUGAAAAAGGCGGUUGAGGUUCGCGGUGGUUUUGAUAGUGUCUGCAAGAUGAAGAAAUGGGCGGAGAUCGGGCGCGACUUGGGCUACAGCGGCAAAAUCAUGUCCUCUCUCUCCACGUCGCUCAAGAACUCUUAUCAACGAUGGCUGCAACCGUAUGAAGAGUAUCUUCGUGUGGCCAAGCCCGGGGUUCAGCAACAACUGGAGCUGGAGCAUGGUGGUCCCUAUACCCCAUCCCCGAACCAGUCUCCCAUGCCCAAAAAGCCCGUUUCACUUGACAGCAACACACCAUCGGCCACGCCGCAGCCAGUGGCGAGCAAUCCCGUUGCACCGCCGACGACGGCGGGGGAGGUUGAGGCCACUCCAGAGAAGCCCACGCCUCCCGUCGAGCCUACCCCCCCUCGACCAAUUGCCUCCGGGUUCACUCCGGUUAAUGCCGGCUCUAGUGGGUUCACUGCCGUCAACCGGUCCCCGUCCUUUGUGGCCGUGAAUAGUGCCUCCGCCGUGAAGCGGGAAGCAGACAAUGGCUCACUCACCCCCAAGAGUGUGGUUGGCGAACAUCCAGCCAAUCCCACUGUCACUGCCAAUGGCCAUGCUAGUCAGCCUAUGAAGCGCGCGAUUAGCCACGAAAGUGGAUCACAUACGGAGAACGGGGAACUUGAUGCCAACGGCCGACGAAGCAAGCGGCUUCGGAAAGAUGCGCCGCUGCCCACGGUCUCGGGUUCCCACAUGAGCCUUCUCCGCCCCGCUCCCCCUCGGCAACGCAAGAGUGACAACCGGAAGACGGGUGAUAAAUGCGAAAUCUGUGGCAAAUCGGAGGAUCGAUCGUCUAUCCUAGUGUGCGAUAGCUGUGAUCAUGGGUACCACAAAACUUGUCUCGAUCCACCCCUGUCUACGGUUCCCGAGUAUGACUGGCAUUGCCCCAAGUGCCUGGUCGGCACCGGCGAGUUUGGUUUCGAAGAGGGUGGGGUGUACUCGCUGAAGCAGUUCCAGGAGAAGGCGAAUAACUUCAAGAAGAGCUACUUCGCCUCCAAAAUGCCUUUCGACCCCGUGCUCAACACCCACAGGCGCGAGUCUGAGGAUGAUGUGGAACGGGAGUUUUGGCGACUGGUGGAGAGCCUGACGGAAACCGUCGAGGUCGAGUACGGGGCGGAUAUCCAUUCCACCACCCAUGGCAGUGGCUUUCCCACCAUUGAACGGAAUCCGCUGGACCCGUAUUCGGUCGAUCCUUGGAAUCUGAACGUGAUGCCUUUCCACGGGGACUCGCUGUUCCGUCACAUCAAGUCUGACAUUUCCGGCAUGACGGUUCCCUGGGUUUAUGUUGGCAUGUGCUUCUCAACCUUUUGCUGGCACAACGAAGACCAUUACGCGUACUCGGCCAACUACCAGCAUUUUGGGGCCACCAAGACCUGGUACGGCAUUCCCGGGGCCGAUGCGGAGGCGUUUGAAGAAGCCAUGCGGCAGGCGGUGCCUGAGCUGUUUGAGGGCCAGCCCGACCUCCUCUUCCAGCUGGUGACGUUGAUGCCACCGGAUCAGCUGCGCAAGGCCGGCGUCCGGGUGUAUGCGCUGGAUCAACGGGCCGGUCAGUUUGUGAUCACCUUCCCGCAGGCGUACCACGCCGGGUUCAACCAUGGCUUCAACUUCAAUGAAGCUGUCAACUUCGCGCCCGCAGACUGGGAGCCCUGGGGUGCCAUGGGUGUGCAGCGCCUCCAAGACUUCCGCCGACACCCCUGUUUUGCCCAUGACGAACUGCUCCUGACGGCGGCGGCCCGGGAUUCCUCGAUCACCACGGCCAAAUGGUUAGCGCCCGCCCUCCAGCGGACGUGCACCCGGGAGGUGGGCGAACGCGCGACGUUCGCUGCUCGGCAUCGGGAAAUCGCUCCGCACAACUGCACCCUCUAUUCCGAGGAUCCGGCGGCGACGGGUGACUGCCAGCUCAAGUUUUUGGUUGAGGAAGAAGACCUGCCCGAGGAUGAUUAUCAGUGCCAGUUUUGCAAGGCCUAUACUUAUCUAGCGCAGUUCCGAUGCCACAAGACUGGGAAGACGGUGUGCCUGCCCCACGUGGAAACGUAUGAUUGCUGUGGCGAACCACUAACACAAAGGUUACUUGGUCCGGACCACACACUGCGUUACCGACUGAGCGAUGAUGCCCUGCGGGCUCUGGUUUUGAAGGUCCAGGAACGCGCCCGGAUCCCCGAGGCCUGGGGAGAGAAGCUCGACAAGAUUCUGGAAGACGAGCCGAAGCCCCAGUUGAAGGUCCUUCAUAACCUACUAAAUGAAGGUGAGAAAAUCCCAUACCAUUUGCCUGGUCUCCAAGAUCUCGCAGCCUUCGUCCAGCGCUGCGAUAAGUGGGUUGAAGAAGCAACCAAUUACAUUACCCGGAAGCAGCAGAAUCGGAGGAAGAACGAGAAGGCGUGGCGCAAGGGGACUUCCAAGGCUGCGCAGCUGGAAGAACGUGAUCGUGAAGUUCGCAGAGUAGAAAACAUCUACGCCCUUCUUGCAGAGGCUGAUAAACUGUCGUUCGACUGUCCACAGAUGGCGGCUCUGGAAGAGAAGACCCGCGAGAUCGAGAAAUUCCUCCGGGACGUUAACGUUGCCCUCUUGAACCCCACCAUCCGAUCGGUCCAGGAAGUCGAGGAACUCGUGGAAUCCGCUCGCAAUUUCAACGUGGAACUCCCGGAAGUGGAGAAACUCGAGCACAUGCUUCGCCAAAUGAAAUGGAACGAGGACGCCCGUCGCAAACGGGACCAGUAUCUGACCCUCAAGGAUUGCCAGGAGUUGAUCCAAGCCGGCGAGCAACUCGGAUUAUCGGACACCAGCGACCACCUGCUCCACUUUAAGGAUCUCUGUCGGCACGGGGAGGCCUGGGAAGCCAAAGCCAAGGAAUUGAUGUCCGUAGAAGCCGUGCACUACCAACAACUGGAGGCCCUCUCUGCCCAGGCAUCCCGGUUCCCGGUGUCGCCCGACACCCUGGCUGCCGUAGACGCGAUCUUGACCAAGCAACGCGAAGCGCAGCGGAAAAUCCAGAGCUUGUAUGACCGGAGCCGGGAGCCCGAUUUUCGCAAGCGGCCCAAGUACAAGGAAGUCCGGGAGCUGAUGGAUUCCCUGGAGGAGUUGAACAGCCGGCCUACGGGGGCGAUUGACCUGGAGCGGGAGCAGAAGCGCCAUGAGGAUUGGAUGCGCAAAGGCAAGAAACUGUUUGGCAAGGCCAAUGCCCCGCUCCACAUUCUCAAGUCACAUAUGGAGUAUGUCGAGAAGCGCAAUUCCUACUGUUUCGACCUGGAGGAUCGCUGUCGGCCCCCCGUGGAACCUGCGUCGCGAGACAAUACCCCUGACGGGUUGCUGGAACCUACUCCGACGCCCAGUAUGUGGGGUGGGGGCAAGUCGCGCAAACGGGAUGUCUUUUGCAUCUGCCGACACUCGGAAGCUGGCAUGAUGAUCGAGUGCGAGGUUUGUCAUGAAUGGUACCACGGGAAAUGCUUAAAGAUUGCACGGGGCAAGGUCAAGGAGUUCGACAAGUAUACUUGUCCGAUCUGCGACUGGCGCCAAAAGAUCCCCCGUGAUGCGGCCCGGCCCAAGUUGGAAGAUCUCCUGGAGUGGCAGGCGGAAAUCGCCGGGCUGCCGUUCCAGCCUGAUGAAGAGGAGAUCCUGGAUAGCAUCAUCAACCAAGCGACGACCUUCCGGGACUUUCUGCAAAGCUUCACCAAUGCGGCGUGUACCACUACGGAGGAGGUCCCCACGUUGAUCUUCUAUUUGCGCAAGAUCGAGGGGGCCGAGGUUCUCCUGGCCUACGAAACCAAUUUCUUCCGGCAGGAGAUCCACAAGUGGGCACCGGUGGCCCCCGAGCCUCCGCCGAUCUUGGAGCAGUCGCUUUCCACUCGGAAGCCCCGGCCGACCAAGCAGCAGAAGAUCAUGGCGCAGCUCGGCGUCGACCGCCCGGAAGAUCUGCCCCCGCAUCUCCGCACCAAACAGCCCAGCUUCGCCAAGCGCAAGUCGAUUGAAUCCCAGACGGGGCGCCCUUCAAUUCUCCACGCGCCGGGCGAUGGCUCCAACUCGGAUUCCGGCCGCAGUGGUCCUACGCUGACGCCCAUGACUGAGGCUCCCAACCCGCCCUAUCCAUUUUCUGCCAAUUACUCGCUUCCCGCCGGCGACCCGACUCCGGCUUUUGCCCCUGGCGCUUCCGCUUUCCUCCCUCAUGUUUCGGCCAACUCGCCGUCGUUCCCUCCGCGUUCUCCCACCCUGCCGCACCAGGGACUGGACACGUCCCUGUUCAGCUCUCCGCGAUAUAACCGCGACCCGCAUGACGGGCCUCCCGUUGUCGAUGUGGACAGCCGCGAUCCGUUUGACAGCAGUCCGCGGCAGAACCUCGAUGAUGUGUUUGCCGACCUGACCAAUCAGGAUCAGGAGCCCGAUGCGGAGCCCGAGCCCGAACCGGAGCUCAUGGAGAACACACACGCCAACGAGGCGCUCGAAGUGCUCGAGGUGAGCAACGGGGAUGACUCGGACGGGCUGCGGGACGACUCGCCGGAUGCUACCCUCAACGGGGAGGCCAACGGACAUGUCGAUGCUGGCGAGCGUGCCGAUGAGCUCUAA